GGCAUGUUUGCCUUCUCCGCCAUUCUCCGCCCUCUCCGUGCCGCUAACACAGAAACCGGGUUUCUUGGCGCACGCCACUUUCAUAGGUGAUUCCGACGGAGUCUGCCGGCGGAGCGCCUCCAAGCCAGAUCAAAAGGGUCCGUUCCAGCCGAGCGGGCGACCAGGGAGGGACAGCGCUCCCCGGGGGAUGCCUCGCGAGCGGGCCGACGUGCAAGUGUCCAGGAUGCCCGUGCCGUCGUCGCUCUACUCUUCGUCGCGCUCGUCGGUGCUCUACUCGUCCACGACGUCGCUCCGCUCGACCAGCCUCGACCGCCGGUUGGGCUCGUCGUCGACGUCGUCCAGCCUGCUCCGCGACUCCAGUUCCUCGUACACGUCGAGGCUGCCGCCACGCCCGAGCCUCGAGCACCGCUCCAAGGUGGCCACGGACUUGCCGAGGUUGGGCUCCCGCGUUGUGCUAGACGUGUCCAGCGGUGGCGGUGGCGGCGUGACGCGGCGCAGCCUGGCGCGGCAGCGGUCCGGCGAUGCCAUCUCGGACGUGGGCUCCCCGGUGCUCACCCGCUACCGUGACCUGGGCGACUCGUCGUCGCCGUCGUCCAGGGCGUCUUCCCCGGCGAGGCGGUUCCUCGACGAGAACUGCAACCGGGCGUCCAACGGGAGUUUGACGAGUCGCCGCGACUGGAACCACAACAACGUGUACGGUGGCGGCGGGGCGUCGGCGUCGCUGGCCCCGGAUAGCCCCGGCAGGGAUUCGGGCGUCCACUCCCGCUCCAUCUCGCCGGCGUCGUCGAGGCACUGGAGGAACCUCGGCUCUUCGACCAGCUCGGUGGACUCCGGAGGAUCGUCGUCCUCCGACUGCUCCCCGGGGCUGCGCAGGGCGCGCAAGCUCUCCCUCACCUCCGAGGAAAGCUCGAGUGGAGCCAGUGUCGGCAGCUCAAGGUCUCGAGAUCAUCUGGACAAGGCACCCCUUGGACUGCGGAAUCUAGGAAACACAUGUUUUAUGAACUCCAUAGUCCAGUGCCUGGCCCACACACGGCCUCUGCUCGAGUACUGCCUCAAGGACUGCUACACCUCUGAGAUUAACAACAUCACAUCGUCCAACAGGGGAGCCCUCUUUGAAGCUUUUGCUACUCUGAUGAAGUCUAUUUGGAGGAGCAGCAAUGGGGAGUACGCCAUCAGCCCCCAGGCAUUCCGUAGCCAGAUACAGAAAUUUGCUCCCCGAUUUAUGGGAUACAGCCAGCAAGAUUCACAAGAGUUCCUGCACUACCUGUUGCAAGGCCUCCACGAGGACAUCAACCGCAUCACCUCCAGGCCAAGACAUGUUACUACCGAGAUCGACGACAACCUCAGCGACUCGCAGAAAGCCGCUGAGGCCUGGAAGCGAUACCUCCGAUUCGACGACAGCAAGAUAGUCGACUGCUUUGUCGGGCAGCUGAAGAGCACCCUCAAGUGCAGCGUGUGUGGCCACAAGUCAGUCACCUUCGAUCCUUUCUGGGAUCUCUCCCUUCCUAUUCCCAAGAGCUCAGAUUCUGUGACUAUCCAGCAGUGUCUGAGCCUUUUCACCAAAGAAGAAGUUCUCGACGGAGACGAGAAGCCCACCUGCUCGAACUGCAAGACUCGGCAGAGGUGUACCAAAAGCUUCACCAUCCACAGAUGUCCAAAAAUUCUUGUGCUUCACCUGAAACGUUUCUCACCGGGCGAGAGGUUCCGCGCAAAGCUCAACACUCGCGUCGAGUUCCCGCUGACGAAUCUCGACCUCUGUCCAUACAUGUCAAACAGUCAUUACGUGAUGUACAACCUGUAUGCAGUCUCAAACCACAGUGGGUCUACUUACUCAGGCCACUACACCGCCACCUGUUUGCACCCCAAAUCCGGGGAAUGGCACGAGUGCAAUGACACCAAGGUGACGGAAGUGAGCUCCUCGCGGGUGGCCUCAUCGGAGGCGUACGUCCUGUUCUACGAGGCGGCCACGCAGUCUUCGCGCCUCUGAGGGCACGCCAAGCCGGCGCCCGCCUUCCCAGACAGGUGGCCCACGUGGAGGAGCGUACGCCGGGCCAAGACGGGCCCGGCCUACUCUCAUUUCUCCCUCUGGCAGCCGACCACCGAGGAAGACGAAGGCCCGCAGGCAUCCAACGCGGAGGCGGCGCAUAGGUCACACGUGUGACGAGGAGGGGACCGACCGCACAAACACUUUGCCGUCUCCCCCGUGGCCCACGCUCGCAACACCUCGCGCCGGCGUCGAGCCGUCGCUUUGCUCGGCCGGCUCGAGUCUGGAGACAAGUACAAAGGAAGUUGGUCCGCAAGCGUCGCGUCCCACUCACUCGGGACGUUUGGUCAAGUGUACGACGGCGGAGCAGUCGCAGUGCGGUUGCGAGCGAGCGUCGAUCGUUUCGGUGCCCGUGGACGGCCGGUGCGGCGUUGGACGGCGUUGCCGAGACUCUUGCCGACGGGCGAGAGAGCAGCCUGGUCAGCUUUAGCAGUUAGGUUUGGUUUUUCUUCGGACGGUGUGGCAUUUUGAAAAAUGGUUGAACAAAUGUGCGUGUGCGUGUGUGUGUGUGUGCAAUGUUGAUGCGAUACGGCAAAAUGAGUCUGUUUACGCUUCCUUCAUAAAUUGUUGACACCGGUGAGAAAGUUUCCUUUCUUUUUUUUUUUUUCUUUCGAUAAGAGGAAGUUUAAAGGACAGCCCUUUCUAAACUAGAUGGACUGUCUUUGUAAUAUACUACCUGGCGAGAAAACUAUAUAUAGACAUAUAUGCAUGUAUAUAUGUAUGUAUAUUAUCAAAGUAUAUUUAAAAAGCUGGAGUCAUUGGCGUCAAAGGGGCUCUGCAGUUUUCACGAGUCUUGGGAAAGGGGGUGUGCAAAACGUGCUAUGUUCGACAUUGCGCCUUGUGCAUUCAAGAACUCCAAUUUCGAAAGCAUCUAUAAAGCUUGGAGGGAGCCUUCUCUUCUAUUCAUUUUUAAAAUUAAUACAAUUCUAUACUUUUGAUUUGGUGCCCAAAAUGUGAAAGGAUGCCAUUAUAGGGCAAUAUAAAUUUGUUGCUAUACUUAUUAAUUUUAAAGCCUUGUUUGUUGUUUUAGUGCUUUUUGUUUAUUCUAGUUGUUUUUAAGAGUUCCUUUUUGCCUAGCAUAGUUACUUGUGUGGCUACAUUAGUCUCAAGGCAACGUGUGCCCUUCAUAAAUUGUAUGGUCAUCUUGUAAAGAUGUGCGACCAUUGCUAAUUUGUUGUUCUCCAUCCCCAGCAUGAUUCAAAUACUGAUGUAAUUAGUAAUUAUUGGCUCUUUCUUUGUUCAAGAUGUUUACACUAAAAGAUGUCAUUUAGUCAAUCUUGUUUGUUACAGCAGCAGAUCUAGAUGAUGGUUGUGUGGGGUUAUUUUGAACCCUUCAUUGCUUUGCAUCCCCAAGCUUCAUGUUUUAUGGCCAUUUUAAACUGGAACACUUAGAAGCCAGAACCCCAAAAAACAAAAUGUUCCAUACUCCCACUUUGUUAUCAGGCCCAUAGGUAAGUUAUUCGUAGAAGAGCUUGAGGAACAAUGUGCAGAACCAGUGUGCAACAGUCUCAAUUAUUUGGAUGGUAUAAGAAGUGUGUUCCACCACAAUGCCAGAAAACAUUUGUACAAAGUGAAAUUCUGCUGGCUCCACUUAAAGUCAUCCACUUGGAGAAUGGUGUUGAGCAAUUGUUGCAUGAAUGAACAGAGUUGGAAGGUAUACUGUAUAUAUCCAUGGCAUAAAUUUUGCACCUGCUGUGCAUAUGCCACAUGCAGUCAGAUCCAGUAAAUUCAUAUAUUGUGCCAUGUAGAUGGUAGCACCUGCCCUCUGACUGAAAAUUAUAUGUAGAGAAAGUGCAAUAAAUAUGACUGGUUCACUGUGGUGAAUCAAUUGGUUGACAGACUGGAUGAAAGAUAUUAAGCAAGCUGCACUGCUGGACUUGCUUUGUAUAUUCUAAGUGCAUAGUAGCACAUCUAAUUUGCACCUAGCUGACCUGUGUAUAAAAAAAAACAGAACUGCACAUUCAACAAGUUGUGAAAUAAAUUGUGUUGGGCCUUGA